CGACUUCUCGCGUGGAUGAACGAGAGUUUUCCCUUAGCUCAGCUGUACUCUCUCAAGGGGGAUAAUAUCAUCCUGCCUGCAAAAUAUCGUUUAAUUGGCUUCAAAACAGAUGAUUCUAUUGCAUUGGAAAGAUGGCAUCCUUUGCUUCGUCUUAUAUCUCCAAAUCAGUUAGCCCAUGCAAAGAAUUACAAGACAACAAAACAACUGCCCUCGAAUUUCCUGGUGGUAUUGCAUAUGACCAUGAGGCCUUGCCAAAAAUAAUUGCUGUUCAUACUCUGAUUGAACUAAGCCCAGACCAAAUAAAUGCACAUGAUGUCAGUGUGAUUGACGUAGAUGUCAAGGAAGCAAGAUUUACAGAAGUUUCAGUCACAGACRACACUAUUUCUGGACCUAAAAAUAGAAGAUGGAUAAUACGUUCUAAACCAGAACUACCUUUCAGUCAAAUUACACAGGCUCCAAAAACAUGUGAAGAAAUAUGCCAUUCUCAACCUUUGCCAAGCCCAAGCUGUCUUGAGACUUUCCCCAAAAAGGCCCUAUUUAAUGUUUGUGGAUAUUCUUGUGAAAACUUAGACUUAAAAAGUCCAACAACGACAAGUCAAGGCGAAGUUUAUGAAAAUAAGUUACCAGCUCCUUCAAGCCAAGAUUUGCCAACAUGUAUAGCCUCGAAGGACACAUCAACGAAGCUGAUGAUUUCAAGACAUUUGAAUGAAAAUAAAAAGCAGGAAGAAACAUCGACAGCAAUGAUAUUAGGACAGUCAAAGGAAACUGAGAAAGAAGAAGCAACAACGAAAUUAAAUAAAAUAAUGGAAAAGGAGAAAGAAACAUCGAAAUCUUUGAAGUGGGAUCAUUCAAGUCAACGGGGCGAUUCUGCAGUAAAACUUGGAAGAAGUUUAAACUCAAAACAGGAUAAUUCGCCAAAUGCAAAUUUGACAGCUAGUUCAAAUGCAAAAAGUAUUCCAUCAGUCAAGUUUCCGGGACAAUCAGUUAAAACUGCAAGAGUAGAAGAAAACAUGAAACAGGACAAAAUGGCUUUACACGCCACCUCUCUUCUUCCGUCAGAAGAUCCGAUAAUUCUUCAAUUUUUUGCAGAUAGAAAAGGAAACUUGGAUGAAACUUCACAAGCUCCAGGAAACGUGAUCAAAUUCUGUUCUCAUCCUAAGCCUACUUUAAAUGAAUCGAAGGAGACUCUAGUAAAGAACAAUGAAGCUCCAACGGUUAGAAAAUGGCCACCAACGCAGCGAGUAAGAGUUUCAAAGGAAAACUUGACUGCGUCGAAUCUUAACUCAGUUCAUGAAACAUCAAACUCAAAGAAUACAACUGGAAGAAACGAACUCAACAAACAUGACAAAACUCCACUUUCUACACAAAGCACACGAUCUCUAAGACGUUCUGCUACUAGUUGUAGCUCUAGAUCCCUCGGCGCAGCCGAAAAAUCGUCAUCCCCGAAGAAUAACGAUGAUUCAAAAAAUGUCAAGUUAUCAUUAAGGGAGAGGGUACUGAAUAGAAUAAAGCGGUUGAAGGACAACGCCAAAACCUAUAAAGAAACGCCAGAAGCAAAAAACCUGUAUGUAAAGUUAGCAAAAUGUAGAAAAUUAGGUUUUGGAGUAGCGUCAUCUCUAAAUGAAUGGUCUAAAAGUGGAGAAACUAAUCCGAAACUGGAGCUUGCUAAAGAUGGGCAAUUAAAGAAAAGGGCGGUGUCAGAAGAACUUCUGGAAGAGAUUGUCUUGAUGGAAACUUUGGAAAAAGAUCGCAACACUUUUACAACGGAAAUUACUACUGAGAAAAAGAACCUAAAUUUAAGUCUAAAUGAAACGAAAUCGAAUUAUGGAAUGAAAGAGAAUAUGGAAAUAAAGAAUGAAGUGAAUAGCCCUGAAGUCAGUGCAAGGAAGGAACGUUCUUCAUUGGCUUCUGAGCCCAGUUUUGUUCCCACAGAUGAGUCAAAAGAUGGAAGUAAUGUUAUCCAGUCAAUUGGAGGUAACCAUAUUCAAGAACUCGAAACUUUACUGGGGAAAGUUGAUGGCAGUGUUGACAUGAUUGCGAUAAAAACUUUGAAAGAAAAACACGGGGAUGUAAACUGGAAUGAAAGAGUAGGUGAUGUUGUCCAAACUUUUACUCCUGAAAAAGGAAAAUCUCUCAAUCGAUGUCUUGACAAACUAAAAACCAACACAAGUUCUUUAAAGAGGACCUUGGAUAGCGAAAAAGAAAACGGUUUACAUGCUAACAACGUAGACGUCGGCUUCAGUUCUAAACGUCCUAGAAAAGGCGCGCCUAGAAGAUUAGCAAAGAGGCGUUGGCCUUCUACUAGUGAUGAUUCUAUUUCACCAGACACUUCUUUGUCUGAUCCCCCAAGCAGUAUAAAUCUAACAUCAAGUGACUCUGAGGAUCAAUCUUUUGUUCAGUCCAGCCCUUCCUCAAGUGACACAAAAGGACAAAAGACAGAGGCAACCAAUGAACCAUUUUGCGAGAAUAUGAUUGAUUUGAGUACAAAUGGGGAAUUCCUGAACAUGGAAUAUAUGAACGAUGAUGGUAUAAUAAUCUCUGCAGACCGUGACACGGAAGAUCUCGAUACAUCAUCGUCGAUUGCGUUACCCGCACAGCCAGUAUCAAAAAGCGUGACUGACACAUUUGAUAACGCUUCAACUAAAAAGGACAUGCCAAUGGAGCAAAUGAAGGAGGCGGUAUGGGAGCCUUCCUGGUUUAAUGGUGAGGACAACACUAGUGUCUCUACUCAAUCCUGGACAUGCGUACCAUACACUACCACCCCUCAGGAACAUCAUACGAUAAAGACUUCUUUAGAUAGAGAGGAAAGGAUUAAAGCACUCUUGGCCAAACAAAGCCAGUUGCUAUCAAAGAUAAACAGCAAUGCCAGUGGGAACUCUAUUUGAUGAUCUUGCGGUGUCUCUCCCAUUUUAGUGAUUUCUUAUGGUAAGUGAUUGGUUUUUGAAAAGGAAACACUACUACUUUACUUAAACCCCUUGCAUGUGAACGUCCAAGCAGCUCAAUUUGGAGGACAAAACAAAAGACUUUUAAUCUCCUGAGAAUUGGAAACCUAUUGUUAUGUCCUCCAUAUGCAUUCCGACAUCCUGCACGACGUCUAUUAGUCCAGACGCUGGACCCUCUCC